GACUGCUGCUCUACUUUAUUUCAACAUGAUUUUGUUUAUUGUCAGCUGGUUGUUUGGUGGAGUAUUACAGCAGAACACAGCAAGCCAUAAACAUGAAAUGUUUGUGAAAUGUGGCACGGGGAUCAGCUGGGACCUCAUGGCGUGACGCUGCGUGGACAAGCUCAGCAUUGAGACAUUCUUCCACUUCAAAGCCCCCAGAGGGUUCUGUGAACACUGGUUGAAUAGGAACUGUGGGAGGGGUGUGCAGGGAGAACAGGUGCAGUCCAUGAGUGGAGUGAUUCCCGCUGCCAUCUGCUUUCUUUUUUGAGGUCUGGAUUCUUUAAAAUUAAACGCCCCCUGACACACCUCAUGGCGACACACUCCCCUAGCCCGCCGCACCACGCCGUGUCACCAUGGCACCCCGAUUCGGAUUAACCUCUGCACAUGUGCCGAGUCAAGCGUGGGGGUCUGCUGUCUUUUGUGAGAGUGGUGAGCAGUAGAAUGAGGGAAGAGGAGGAGGAGGGUGAUGGAAAACUGAAUGGAAAAGUAAAAGUGUGUGAAAGGACACUCGCCAUUCACUUUUGUUAAGGAACAGAAUGUCGCAUGAAUUAAGUCAUUUCAUAACAAGAUGGUAGAAGAAUAUAGAACUUUUGACAGAAAAAUCCAGUUUUCAGUAAAAAAAAAAAAAAACCCUGCAUAUUUCAACAGGAAUUUCUAAAAAAGGAUUCAAGAUGACGGCCAUCGAGAGCAAAGAGGAGAUCAGUGACACGGACAGCGGGAUUAUUUUGAACUCUGGGCUGGACAGUCCAAUGUCCCCACUGAAGGACCUGACCACCCACACCAGGGCCCUGAAGCUGAAGCAUCAGUCUCUGGAGGAGCACCUGGAGCUUUGCCUUCUGGAGCUCAGGAAGCUCUGCAUCAGGGAGGCAGAGCUGACUGGAAAACUGCCCUCAGACUAUCCGCUGAUGCCUGAUGAAAAGCUGCCCCGGGUUAGACGGAGAAUAGGAGCUUCUUUCAAGCUGGAUGAAUUGAUCCAAAUGAAUGAAGAGGAUUCAGAGUUACAAGCUCAUGAAAUAGACUUGGCUGUUCAGAGGCAGAUUUACGAAGCAGCUCACAAACUGUCCUUGGAGGAGAACCUCAGUAAACCCCAGAGGAAGAGUCGUCUGCAGCAGUGCAAGAGGGAGAAGAAAAAAUUGAAGGACCUUCAGGAGGCUGUGUUCCAACACAGGAUCAAGAGCGAGUGCAACUCUCCGUGCACCAGCAUCUCAACACCUCAAAACAAAGAUCUGUGCAUAUCUGAUGACAGCUCGUUGUCUGACGUCGUGGCUCUUGAUGAUGAUGUGGACCCGCACAGUCCCCUCUCUCCUCGAGUGAUGGGCACUUCUUACUCUGAACCCCUCCAGCUGUCAUCCAGGACCCUGCAGUCCUCACAGCAGCCAUCAAAUCAGCUCACUGUGGAGUACGAACACUGCCCCAUCCAAAACUCUCCAUGGAAAGAGUCCAGUCUGGACCAACCUUACCAGAAGGCCACAAAGUCUCAGUCUACUUGCAGCAGCAGGUCCAGUAGUCCAGCAAUCACCCAGGCGUGUCUGGACAGUAGCAGGAUUCUACCCUCCCCGUUUAUCAAGAGUCCAGCACUGCAUCAUUCCCACUCUACCAGUGCCCCCUCCACCCCAGAGCUGAACGUACGCCGACAGUAUUCCCAGUCCUUCAGAUUUUCCAAAAGCAAACUAUCUGCUGACAAAGUGCUGCUCAGCUCAGAAAAUAAACCAGGUCGAUCCAUGCUCCUGCAACAGCGUUGUGCGGCUGACUUCACGAUUCGCUCACCAGAGUAUUCCCCACGGUGUGUGUAUCAGUCCAGCUCUGAGGACAGCAACUCACAACCCUCUGUUUCCUCCUAUGUUUGUUCUCCUGGUCAGAAUGGACCCACAGAAAUACCAAAACUCUGCCCUCCGCCUUACGGAUUCCACUUUGGAGCCCAGAAAAAGGGGCUGUCCGGCUUCACCAGUCCUAGUUCAUACAAACACAUCAACCAGUCUCAGGUCAGCCAGGGUCACAUCAGAGCCACAACAGAGGAUGGUCCCCUUUCCCCCCAGGACUCGUGCAUAGGGAAGUGCUACCUAUCGUCACCUCCAGUGGCCCACAACCCUCAGCAACAAGGGCAGGAGGGAGCAUUGUCUCCAAAGAGAAUGCUGAAGCCCCCUCCGCCCUACGCAAUGCUGGUGCGAACACCUUCACUGAAAGACUACCCAAACCAUGUCAUCCGCCUGAUGCCCAGGGAGACUGUGUCGGAAGAGUUGAAGUCUUGGCACCAGAGGAAUCAGCUUGAAAAGCUAUGGCCAGGCUGCACAGAACAGCAGAGUGCCCAAAGUGUGAAGAGCCCCACCUCACCUCACCUGCCACCUUUUAAACGGGGUUCAGGAAAUGUGAUUCUCCAGAGGGCUGCCGAUGGGACCCCGAUCCAGUGGUUCGUAGCAGAGGAUGCAGAAAUAGUGAGCCAGGUGUAGUCAGUAUGUUCAGCAGAAUAUACAUUAUGUGUGAUUCUAUUUAUCCCUGUAUGAGUCAGUUGACUCUGUGAGAUUGUAAGUCCAAAGAGGCAUGACGCUCAUUGGCAUGAUGCAGAAACAUGUACCUUUUUGGUACCAUAGUGAAAAAGUAUCUUUUUUUUUUUAUUUAAAACUUUAUGUAAAGUGGCACAGCAGUUUUAUUUAUUUUACAGUUAUUUAAAUAGAUUAUUCUAAAGUGUCUGUGAAUUAAGAUUUUUACCAUUUCAAAAACAUGUCAAAUGGAUCAUAUGAAACAACAACAGCAAAGAAAAUCUUUGUGGCUGGCACACAUUUUGCAGAACUUCACCAACAGUAGUUUUCAAAGAUGUCUUCCUCUUCCUAAUAUAAUUGUUAUAUUUUUGUAUAUGUUUAAAGUUUCUUACUUACAGUAUAGAGACUUUUGUCAAGUUUUUUUAAUAUUUGAAACUGCAUUGUUUUUUUUCCUACUAAAUAAUUAAAAUGUAACAUCUGUGUAGCCAAGAACCAGAGGUGGGAUAAAGUCACCAUCAAGUUAUUCUCAACUCAUGAAUCAGCAAGUCCCAAGUCAAGUCUCAAGACAUAAUGACCACCAAUUGUUUGCAGGCUGACGUGAGACUUGACUUGGGACUUGCAGAUUGAUGACUUGACAGUGACUUCGUCCCACCUCUGCCAAGAACUAAAAUAAGCUCAACCUUAACUCUUUGCUAUUAACUCCUAUUAAUUAAUCACUGAUUCCUUUAACAGUGGUUUGAUGAAUGUUCACACUGCAGUAUGGCAUGUUGUUACUAAUCAAGUGAUUGUGUCCAUUUGAUAUUUUUUGGUAUAUUUAUAAUAAAAUUCUGACGCAAAGUU